UUUUACAGAUUUGUUCAACUGCUCAAAGUCUCUGAGAUUUACCUCCACCCCACAGACAUGUCUUGCUAUGACCUGUGUCCACCCACCCCCUGCGGCCCAACCCCGCUGGCAAAUAGCUGCAACGAGCCCUGCAUCAGGCAGUGCCAGGACUCGACAGUGGUGAUCCAGCCCUCUCCUGUGGUGGUGACCCUGCCCGGACCCAUCCUCAGCUCCUUCCCCCAGAACACCGCUGUGGGAUCCUCAGCAUCCGCGGCUGUCGGGAGCGCGCUCAGUGCUGGAGGGGUCCCCAUCUCCUCUGGCAGCUCCUCAGGAUUUGGGAGCUUUGGCUAUCCAGGCCUGGGCAGUGGGUACAGCCGGCCCUACCGUCGCUACAGCACCUACCGCAGUGGCUUCUAUGGGCCGUGCUAAAGCGUGAGGAGCAAGCAGGAAGAAAUGACCAGAAACACUGAAGCACGACCCGACACAGGACUGAGCUCAUGGCCAUGGUUUUCAGAUGCAAAGUUAGAUACCCACAGCUC